AUGGGUCUUUCAAUAACAACAACACCACAAAUAACUAUGCGUACUUUUGGUGCUUGUAUUUCUGAAAGAGAUGCUGCUGUACGUAACGCGGCACUGAAUACUAUAAUUACUGUUUAUCGAGGAAUGGGUUGUGAUCGAGACAAAAUUUUCUCUUUAAUUGGACAGCUUGGGGAAAAAGAACGCGCAAUGCUUGAUGAACGAAUUAAGCGGACAGGAGCAUUUGAUCCAAAAUCUGCAAAUCGUCCACAAACAACUCGAGAUAUGUCUACUAGCCGUCUCAACUCUAGAAUGCAAAAUUCGAGUUCACAACCAAAUUCAACAAUUAGAGCGCGUUCUGCGAGCGGACCUCGACGCCCUUUGGACUUGGCUUUACCCGGAAAUAACUCAAUGAUGUUAGCUGGAGCAGAUGAUAAUAACAACACUAAUGUUCGUGCUCCUCGUCGUUCACAUAACGUUACAGCUACGGGUCUUUCUUCUGCUCAUUCACAUGCUGCUUUAAGUUCGGCAUUGAAUCAGACUGGUGGUCGUUUUCAAUUGGAUCCUAAAUUCUUUCAAAAUGAUUUUGACGACGCUGGAAGGACUCUAGUGGUUAAUUCUGGAGGAGCAAAUCAAUCCACCAGUUUAAACUCGACAUUUACUAAAAAUGAUGUGGGGCAACCAGAACGAGGUGUUUUGGCAAAUCGAAAUGUUCAGCCAAGUGGAAGUAGUAUUGAUCAACAAGAUUUACAACCAAUUAAGCCUGUAAUUCGCCCUGUAAGCACAUUCUCCCGACGUAGUGAAUCUGUAUCUUCUAUUUCUUCGCUAGAAAGUACUGAAUAUAUUGAUCGAGCUGUUCAUAAUGUCUCUUGUUUACAAUUAAGCAUUGCUGAUGAAGCUAUUGCGCAGUUGUUGCAUUUAUUGAAUGAUCCAAAUAAUCGCCAGUAUAUAAUUGAUAGAUCAGAGCUUAUUUUAAAAAUGAUUGUCACACAAGUUUUUCAUAUUCGAAGUCAACAUCUUGAACAACUAGAAUCUGGUAAAGAAUCAAACCGAGACGAACAAAAUUUUUCUAAAGAGAAUGAUCUAAAUGAAUUUUUGCGUUCGAUUUGUAAUUUUCUUUCUACGUUAACAAAUGAAACUCAUAUAAUGAAAAGAAUUAGUGCUGAUACUUUACGUGGAUUUAUAGAAGCAAUUUUGUCGUUAGUAUGUGAUCAACGACUUUCUGGAUUUAAAGAUCAGGUUUUUCGUUCAUUAAAUGUUGUUGUUAUUCGUCUUUGUGAAUUUACUCAUCCAAGUGUUUGUUUUUUGGCUUUGAUGAAGUUAAUUAUGAAAUACCAAGCAGCUGAACCUAAAGGAAAGAUUUUGGAAUUACUUCGUAAAUGUAUGAUUAAACGAACUGAAACUCUUACAGAUCCAGCAAUUGUUGAUAUGGUUUGUGAAUUUUCUAAUAAAAAUUUUUUCCCGAUAAGUGCGUUCAUUUGGUACACCCACACUGACUUUGUCACCUUUUCUAAUUUUAUUGCCGAGUUAAUUUUACACGCCAGAGAAGACUUGUUCAUCGAGAUGUCCCUGAACCUUUUUAAUUAA